AUGCCCGGUGUCAUCAUGGACAAUGUCAACAUCGAUGGAUCUGUCCGGCCGCCAGGCCUCGAUGAGGCCAGAAACGGCGAAUCCAACUCCUUGGGAAACGUUGAUAAAGCUGCACAGAUGCCCAGCUCCAUGAAUGGAUCAGCACACGUCAAUGGUGCGCCAAGCGUUGUUGAUGCGUUGAAUCAAACUUCAGCAACGCUCGCAGGCAAGGCAGGGGGAAAGGUGCCAACGACGCCCUUUGAACUUACUCACAUUACCCAAGGGUUUUUCCCGUUUGGAACACUUGUUAAUCGUUCCGUGCAGCAAUGCUGGAAUGAACUCUCAGAGUUGAUAACUGAACUGGCGGCGAUUCAAGUACCUCAACAAGCUGCCUUGGGUACAACCAAUGGAAAGGCACCCGGUAAUCAGUCAUCAGAAAAUGUUCACAAAAAAUUGCGACUCUUGGACUUUGCUCAUGCUAAGAGGGCCGAGUUUAUUAAGCUCCUUGUCCUCUCGCAGUGGAGUCGGCAGGCCGCCGAUGUGAGCAGACUCAUUGAUAUACAAGGUUUCAUCCGCACGCGACAUCAAUCAUACGAUGCAGCUGUUCAGUAUGUUGGUGAAGUGAAACGAGAUUUAGUUCGAGCUCAAGUUGCCAAUCCGGACCUAAAAACGGCUUUACUUGUUCUAUCAAAAGGCCAGGUAGCAUCUCUACCAGAUCUUGGGUACAGUCCCCUCAAACCCUUGACAGCACGAGCAACGCUUAAAAAGCUGCUCAAGCUCAACCGAAUUAUCAGCGUGCGACUGGCAUUGCACGACUCAGUUCCGCACGCACUACGGCAUUAUCGGGUUCAUGAUGGCCGGGUCACGUUUACAGUUCCUGGUGAAUUUGAACUUGAUCUUUCAGUGGCAGAAGUUUCAACAACAUCACAAUUCUUUUUCGUGGACAUUCGUUUCCUUUUCUCGCCAUCAUCACCCAUUCCAGAGGGACGAAUUCUCAAUGAGCUUGAUGCCAAAAUUAACGAAACACUCCGCAAUGACAGUUUGAUGGGAUGCUUCAACUUUUUACACGGUCUGGUCCUCACCAACAAAAUCAACAUUCUUUUCAGACAAGCCGCGGAUCUUGCGCGCGGACUGUGGGCGGAUGCUCUACGUAUCGAAUUGCUACACCGAACACUUGUCGUUCAAUACUGGCCCCAGAGAGCGGGGCCUAAGAGCUGGCUCGAGAUAGGAGUCAACAGCGGUCAUCGCAGCAGCAAAUCUAACAAUUCAAUGUCUGGGAUAUCACAUCUCGGCUUCCGGUGGAUGCGAGAGGGCCAGUUGACCAUCAGUGAUGCCAUUAAGUUUGACACGGAUGACCUCUCCAUGGAGCGUAUUCUCAGAAGCGUUGUCGCAUUACAUACCUCGCACCUUCUCUCCGCCGCCUUCACUGCCCUGAAGAAGCACUUACUUUUCGCAAAACACACGUUAUCACUGCAAGCUCUACUAUCCUCGACAGAACCUGGGGAUUGUCACCUUGAUGUUCAGCUCACAACCUCACGGUCUGUUCGGGUCUCGAUUGAACCGAUGUCAGGGUCCAUCAUUCUCUGUGUGACACCAAAUGUGCCCGAACGCCUGGAUACUGAUCGGACAGUCCACAAAUCAUCCAUCGAAGAGAUAUUAACCCGUGUCACCCGGCUCCGAUGUGCUACUGCGGUGGAAGAAAUUGAGUCCGGUACCAAGGCACUCGGCCUUGAGACUGUGAGUCAGAGGGUACUCGGGAUUGAUCCCCGUAAGCUAUUCCCUCCGGGUGUGAUGCGGUCCGCUUUCUUCUUUCAUCAACUUUGGAACCGGCAAUGGGUUGCAGCAGCGACCAGCAGCAUGGAUGGUGACCGCUGGUGGCUUGUCCAACUUCGGCCAACGGGGACAACAAGGGCAACCCCGCCUUAUAGUCUUGGUGAGAAUGGCAUUACUCUUCCUUACGCCCACGUUAUCAGUGAAAGUCUUGUUUCUGCACAGAGACUACUCGACUACACAACGUGCGCAGAGCUGGUUCAUGGCCUAACUGGGAUCUUGGCCAUCCAUGCCAAUGCAUGUUAUUUGGCUGAGCUUCCUGCUUUGCGGUUCUGGCCACCGCUGAAAGAACUGCAAAUGGAAUCCGAUCUGACGGUACCGGAUCUUCUUUUCAGCUACAAUCCGUCCACGCUUCCUCCUGCUUUGCGAAUUGCGCUGCCUUCAGGAGUGAACAGGCAAUCACAAUUAAAAGAAAUGGUUCGGCUCGCAUUCCAUGGAAUUGACAGCAAGAGCCGUUCCAUAAUCAUGGUAGCACAUGGCACAUUGAGAAAUCGCAUCAAAUCCCUUGUUCCUCUCAUUUCAAAGACAGACCCUUCACUAAUUACUGAAGACAAGGGUGCUGGAUUCGCACUUCGUUUGCUUGUGCCAGCUGGGAAUUCUGUUAUCGUUGGCCUUUUCGAACGCUUACAGCGGCUCGAGUGUGUUCUAUCCAUCCUCCAGUCCCUUAUACUGAAUGGAAUGGAACCUCGCUCUUUGUCCUUGUCCCAGAUUGCCUUUGCGUACGGCACAGAGACUAAAUCCUCGGCCUCAUUUGAUAUCGGAGUCUCGGGGCCUACUGUGUCCGACUACGUCGACAUGGCAGCUAUUUCGAAAUCCCAGCCUCUCUUCCGCCUCCAAUUGGGUAUUAAAUUCGAAAGCUCCAGUCCUCACCGCCGAAUUCAAGAGGCCCUCGCAGUGGCUCUGAACCACCGUUUUACCGAGACGGGUGUGAAAUCCGUUCUCCACCUCAUGUCUUUCACAUUCCCCCUGUUGCGGUCAUUUGAUCAAAUCACGAACCUAUCAAAUCAGACGGACUCGUCUAUAGUCUACAUCACUGUGCGGAAGCCAACCGAUUAUCAUAUUUAUUACCCUCGAUUGAACACGCGGUUCAGGCUCAACAGAAUAUUGCACCAGGAUGAGCAGGUCUGGAUGUUAAGGGAUGCAAACAGAGACAACCAGUCUGGUCGUGGUCAGAUCGCAACUGCGAUACGAGAAAAGCUUUAUCAAUCAAAGGGCGAUGGUUGGAACGGACUUGGGGAUGGAGCGGUAGGGAUGCCUGACAAAGUCGGAAAUCUCCUGGUCGAGUUGCACCAGUGUCUCAGUGCUCCCCAUCUUGAGCUCGACAAAGAAGCCGAAGGAAAGGCAGCGAUGCCAGAACCGCUACUUACCAAAGGUCCGGUCUCUGCUUUACCAGACAAGACUGCUUCAAACCAAGCCAGUGGCCUGGGAAAUACCGACAUCAUCACCAUUGACUAG